AUGAAGGCUAUGGAAAAAGUUUUCUCAAUGUUGGCGCCCGGUGGACACGGUGAGCCUAGAAAUUGCCGUGCUCGACAUCGAAUUGCUAUAAUAGUUCCUUAUAGGAAUCGUCCUCUGCAUCGCAGAUUAUUUCUUUACAAUAUGCAUCAAUGGUUACCGAAACAAAUGCUCGAUUAUAUGGUGAUUAUUAUCAGCCAACUUGGUAAGGAAAAGUUCAAUCGUGGUGCUUUAAUGAAUAUUGGAUUCGUCGAAGCUCAAAAGCUCUAUGAUUGGGAAUGCUUUAUAUUCCAUGAUAUUGAUUUACUACCUGAAAAUGAUCGAAUUCCAUAUAGAUGUUUAGAUCAACCUCUUCAUUUAUCUGCUGCCAUGAGCAAAUAUAACUAUAGCAUACCAUAUAAGAAAUAUUUCGGAGGAAUAUGUGCUUUUACAAAGGAACAAUUCCUGAGAAUGAAUGGUUUUUCGAAUGAUUAUUGGGGAUGGGGAGGCGAAGAUGAUGAUGCACACAAUAGGGUGCUACUGGCUGGUUAUAGUAUAUCGCGGUAUCCAAAAAGCCUAGCACGUUAUACAAUGUUGCCUCAUGCAAAUCAAGCAGGAACCAGCAAUGCAAGCAAUUGUUAUACUCCUUCAAUUAAUGAGACAUUAUCCAAAUGGAAAAAAAGCGGUUUAUCAUCUCUGAACUAUCAUUUAUACAGUAUAAAAUUUUUGCCGCUUUAUUUAAGUAUUCAAGUUACUCUCAUGGAUAAAGGACAGGAAAGGCUAUUACAAAACAGUUCUGACUGCUAG